UCUGCAAGUCUUCGUGGAGUUAUCGAAGAAUGGGGGUUGGGGGGUUGGGGGCAUUACUUUUAUCUACCUCGCUUCCCGUCGUUCCUUAUCGGUUCUUUUUCUUUCUCCUCUAAAAAUCCGUCACUGCAAGUGAGAGGAACCCUAAUUCUUGGGCUUCAAAAUGUCGGGGAAGGGAGCCAAGGGUCUGAUAAUGGGCAAAUCUGCCUCCAACAACAAGGAUAAGGAUAAAAAGAAGCCCGUUUCUCGCUCUUCCCGCGCUGGUCUCCAGUUUCCAGUGGGAAGGGUUCACCGGCAACUUAAAACAAGAGUUGCCGCCAACGGUCGUGUCGGGGCUACAGCAGCUGUAUACACAGCAGCGAUCUUGGAGUACCUGACUGCAGAAGUGUUAGAGCUGGCCGGGAACGCGAGCAAGGAUCUGAAGGUAAAGCGUAUAACACCAAGGCAUUUGCAGCUUGCAAUCAGAGGAGAUGAAGAACUGGACACACUCAUUAAAGGAACCAUUGCUGGUGGAGGAGUGAUCCCCCACAUCCACAAAUCACUCAUUAACAAAUCCUCCAAGGAAUGAAUUGAAUUGAAUAGGUUGUCAAGUAUGGGUUUUUUAUCCUUAAUCACAGUUUAGUUGAGUGGUUGUCAUAUGCUCAGUCAUGUCAUUGUCUGGUCUAAUUUAGCUGUGUCAUAAUAUCACCAAUUCUACUUUAGUGAUGUGAUAUUGCUUUAUCCAUUUAGUAGGCACAAGGAGAUACGAAGAUAUUUCUUGUUUUGUAAGUUAAUAUGCAAAAUCUUUCUCAUUUUUAGUCUCA